GUACUUAACCAGUUAACCCAGUAUAGGUACCUCUCAAAGUUUCUACAAAGACUUAUUUUGGGAACUUCAGCAAAAUAAAAGAGAACCACACAAAGGGGGAAAGGAAGGAAAGGCCAAGCCAAGUUCAGAAGACAAAGGCAUGAAUAGAGGUCAUGUUUUGCAGAGCUCACCGGUGCAACAAAUGAUGGCGGCCGGAAACCCUAACUGGUGGAACAUCAAUAGCAUGAGGGCGCCAAUAACAACUAAUCAACCUUCCUCUUCACCUUUCUUGCCUCCUCCUCAUCACCCUAGUUUCUUCAUUCCGCAGUUUCAACCAACUAAUUCCUCUUCACUUCCCUUUAUUCCUUCUUGGCAUGACAACAACAAUCAGAACCAGAACCAGGAGCUUCCAGAGCCUUGGAGCCAACUCCUCCUCAGGGGUGGACUAGUCGGUGAAGAUGAUAAGGCAAACGGUCUGAGACAACUAAUCCAUCAAGCUAAGAAACUGGAGGGUUGGGAGGAGCAAAUAUUGAUUAGUCAAGCCCAUCCAAAUGAUCCUGCUAAUGUUGAUGUGAAGCAAGAAAACUCGCCACCAGGUAGCUUUGUGUACGGGCAUCAUGGUACUGGGAAUAAUAAUGAAGAUUUCCAGUCUGCAGCUUUGUGCUCUUUGUCUCAAAUUAUGCCAACCACUACUGCUGCCUCAGCCUCAUCUCCUAACUCGUCGUGUGUGACGAGUUUCGGUAGCAACAUGUUGGAUUUCUCUAACAAGUCGGAGGGGAGGCAUCCACCACAGAGCCGAUCCAGCUCCGAGUGUAACAGUAGUGCAACUGGUGGGGCAGUUAAGAAAGCUAGGGUUCAACCUUCUUCUUCAGCCCAACCUACCUUCAAGGUGAGAAAGGAGAAAUUAGGUGACAGAAUUACAGCUCUUCAUCAGCUUGUUUCCCCAUUUGGGAAGACUGACACAGCCUCUGUCUUGUUAGAGGCUAUUGGGUAUAUCAGAUUCCUUCAGAAUCAAAUUGAGGCCCUAAGCUUACCUUACUUGGGCAGUGGAUCACCAAACAUGCGCCGGCAGCAGCAACAGUCUGCAGUUCAUGGGGAGAGGAGCUGUAUGUUUCCCGAAGAUCCUGGCCAGCUGCUGAAUGAUAACUGCAUGAAGAUGAAAGGAGUUAGUACCGAGCAGGAUGCUUAUGAAGAGCCGAAGAAGGACCUGAGGAGUAGGGGUUUGUGUUUGGUUCCGGUUUCUUGUACCCUUCAAGUUGGGAGCGACAACGGAGCAGAUUAUUGGGCUCCGGCAGCUCUCGGCGGUGGUUUCCAGUAAUGUAAUGUGGAUGGGGGUGGCAUACGCAGCACACACGCAUGUAUACACAAAUGAGAUUGUUCGAAUGGAUGGAGCUUCAUGGAAAUCAGUUAAAUGAUAUAACAUCAUGAGCAGUCACUCUGCUAAAACCCCAAGGCUGAUUGCUCAUGAUGCUAUAACAAUAUCUAUCAAUUUUAUGCAUAUAUGCUUGUGUGCGAGCUAGCUUGCUUUUAAUUUGGGACUAGAAAGUUGUUAAACUCCCUAAUUAAUUAAGUUUUAAUUAUCUA